UGACUUGUGUUUCUGGGGGAUGAGUUACAACAGGACACCCUGCAAAACGGUGCAAAAUUUAUUUUCUUGGACUGUGGCUUUUUCGUGAUGCUCGCUUAUCUUAUGCCAUGAAAAUGUAACUUCCGUUAACUCGGCUUUAAAAAUACGACUGCUUUUCUAAAUACCUAGGUUUGUUGCACAUCGCAUCGUUUUUUUUCUUUAUAAAAAUUUUAUCUUUUGCAACUAAGUAUUACGGUGAAACAACUAAGAGAAUAAUGGAGAAAGCGGAGUGGUAUAUUUUCUCUUCUCUGUCUUGCGCAUACUUUAUGAUCUCCUGCAUUUUAUUCUCAAAAUUCACACGAGAGCAAAGGGAACCGUACAUGGACGAGAUAUUUCAUGUACCACAAGCUCAGAAAUACUGCGAAGGUAGAUUCAAUGAGUGGGAUCCCAUGAUCACAACUUUACCUGGCUUGUACUUGGUUUCUGUUGGAAUAGUUAAACCUUCAGUCUGGUUGGCUGGAUGGUCGGGAAAGGCGGUCUGCUCCACUGGAAUGCUGAGGUUCAUUAAUCUCCUCUUCAGCAGUGGAAACCUGUACUUAAUUUAUCUCCUGCUGUGCAAGCUGCACCAAACUGACAAGGCCGCAUCUACAUCUCGGAGAAUUCUGUCUGCUUUGGCAAUCUCCUCGUUUCCGGUUCUAUACUUCUUCACAUUCCUCUACUAUACGGAUGCAGGGUCCACCUUCUUCACCCUCUUUGCGUACUUGAUGUGCCUCUAUGGAAGCCACAAAAUCUCUGGACUACUGGGAUUCUGUGCCGUCAUGUUUCGCCAGACAAACAUCAUUUGGGUUGUAUUCUGUGCUGGAGUUCUUAUAGCCCAGAAGUUGACUGAAGCAUGGAAGACAGAACUGACAAAGAAAAGAGAAGAUAAAGUCUCUACCUCAACUGGGGCAUCUGUCACAGAGAUCAAAAACGUUACCCAGUUCAUGGUGGAAUACAUACUGUCAACAAAAAAUGUGAAGAGUUUGAUCUGUUUGACGUGGCCUUAUGUCAUGUUGCUGGUGGGCUUUCUAGUCUUUAUUGUAUUUAAUGGUGGGAUAGUUGUAGGGGAUAGGAGCAGCCAUGAGGCUUGUCUGAAUUUCCCACAGUUGUUUUAUUUUUUUUCAUUUACAUUAGCAUUUUCAAUUUCCCAUUCAUUGUCUUACCAGAAAAUUGUAAACUUUUUUCAAUCCCUGAAGAAGCACCCUAUUUUUUUCCUCUCCCUCACCGCUCUGUCAUUAUUCUUGGUUUGGAAGUUUACUUACGCCCAUAAGUAUUUACUGGCUGACAACAGACACUACUCUUUCUAUGUAUGGAAGAAGAUUUUCCAGAAACACAAACUUGUCCCUUUCAUACUGGUUCCAGGCUAUAUGUUUGCAGCUUGGAGUUUUGCUGACUCACUCAAGUCCAAAUCUUUGUUCUGGAACCUAAUGUUUUGUGUGUGUUUAGUUGCUGCAACAGUCCCCCAAAAACUGUUGGAAUUUCGAUAUUAUAUCCUGCCAUAUUUAAUCUAUAGACUCAAUAUUCAAGUGCCAUCAGUGUUCAGGCUUGUUUUAGAGCUAGGCUUAUACACAACUGUGAAUGCACUGACCUUUUACCUUUUCCUAAAUAGAACUUUUCUUUGGCCCAAUAGCGAGGAAGUGCAGAGAUAUAUGUGGUGACUUUCCAUAAGCCCAGUGUGGGAGUCAAAAGAGAAAAGUAUACUUUUUAUAUUAGCUACAAAAUAUGUAAAGAAAGUAAUUUGAACGGGGGGGGGGCUUAUUUAGAAAAAAAAAACACAAAUCUCACAAAACAUAGCAAUGAUUAGUUCUAAAAACUAAGAAAAUAAAGCCAUAAUCUCAUGUAAUAAGGGUGUAAUAGGUAGGUUGUAAAAUGAAAAUAAAAUACCGGAAGGUUUGAACUACCAAAGAGAAAUGUGUUCAACUAUUGGUUUGUGGGGUUUUUUUUAAAAAGAAAAUGAGGUACAUGUACGUUUAUAAUUAGUACUUUAUUCCUUUAGUUUGGGUUGUUUUUUUCCUUUGUUAUUGUUUUGACUGUAAGUCUUUCUCAGUGUCCUUAAAUGACUUUCCGUUUAGUAGAAACUUUUUUUUCAGUACUGCUACAUAUACCACCAUUGAGUGUUUUAUAGUUAUUGAUGAACCUUUCUUUUUUUGUAUCAGUUUGCUUUUUGCUUGUUGGCUGUCCCACAGUACAUUGGUGUGUGUGAAUAAAAUCAAUUCAAAUGCUGAGUUUAUUUAUAUGGCACUUGAUACCUCUUCCCCAGCAUCUCUGUAUGGGCAAAUUGGCUGUCUACAAUGACACUGAUCGUGUUAAGCUUUAGAGACUCAAUUAUCAAUAGUAUCACAAUAAUCAAGGAUUGUUCCAACACGACUCCUCAAACCUCUUUACUACUUAACUAGCACUCUUUAAACUAUUGGUUAUUGGAUAUUGAGCAAGUAGUGACAUCUGAUCAUGUUAAAAACCUUCACAUACCCUUCACUAAAAUGUACUAUUGGACAGAUUUUUAAUUCCCACUCAACCCAGGGUAAAUAUAUUUACAUUGCAUCUUGACGCCCCAUUCCAUAGGCACCUGGGAUCACAAGAGAUUAAGACAGUCUUCAUUUAAUGGAAACCCAUAUUGCUCUGUGGAAAUGUAUCAUGUAUGUAAUAUGACUAUAUUGGACUAUAUUUGUGAUGUUUAUUGUUUUAAUAAAUGAUAUGGUUGGACAUAAAUCAGCUAAAUUAAUCUUUUUUCUUUUCUUUUUGUCUAUUGCAUGUCUUCCACUUUAUACUUUAGGAACUACAUUCCUCAAUAAUUUAGAAAUGUAUUAGUACCCUUCUUGUUUUUUUUUUUUUUAUUAUUAUUUUUAUUAUUAGUU